AUGGCAACCCCAGAUGAAUCACGUCCAGACCACUCAAGCAGCAGUAACUCAAACCCAGCGCAGGAAUCCUAUGAGGAGACACCAAAUGCCAAAGUGAGCAUUAAACCUGCUCAACGUGUACUCAGAGGAGAUACAGUCACUCUCAGAUGUGAUAUUGAUGGUGAAGGAGUCACUAGCUGGCUGUACAGCUGGUAUAAAGACGGUGCAUUCUACAGCUCCAGUGAACUACAGGAACACACAUUCAGUCCUGUUACUGAGUCCGAUGCAGAGACACCAAAUGCCAAAGUGAGCAUUAAACCUGCUCAACGUGUAUUCAGAGGAGAUACAGUCAUUCUCAGAUGUGACAUUGAUGGUGAAGGAGUCACUAGCUGGCUGUACAGCUGGUAUAAAGACGGAGCAUUCUACAGCUCCAGUGAACUACAGGAACACAAAUUCAGUCCUGUUACUGAGUCUGAUGCAGCUAAAUACUCCUGUUAUGGAGCAGAGAGAGGAGGCUCACGCACCUCAUUCAUGAGUGAUGGAGUUACACUGACAGUAUCAGGGUACCCCCUUCAUGUCCCAGAUAAUGACGGACGUCUGCAAACUGCUAAAGGUCCAACAGCUCCGCACCACGAUCUCUGCGGUCUGCUCGACAUUGCACGAGAGGCCUGGGAACAACCGCCGGCGGUACACCGAACUACCAUCGAGCAUGUGCGUGAGAUGAGGGAGCGGAUCGACCGAGCGAUGCCCAUCGUCCGGAAGCACCUCGUCAAGGCGCAGCAGGCGCAGCAACGGCAUUACAACCGGGCGGCCCAACCACGGGAGUUCCAGCGAGGAGACCAUGUCCUGGUGCUGGUGCCCACAGCCGCCUGCAAGUCCUUGGCCACCUGGCAAGGUCCCUAUACAGUCACAGAAAAGCGGUCCUACCAUGUCCUGGAGGCUCGGCGACACUCCAUUGAAGACGAGGUACAGGAGAUGCUGAGGUUAGGGGUAAUUGAACCAUCGCGCAGCCCAUGGUCCUUCCCUUCGGCCUACACAGGGGCCCCGGCCACCUUCCAACGGCUAAUGGACGUCCUCCUCCGGCCGCAUCAGGCCGACGCGGCGGCCUACCUCGACGACGUCAUUAUCCACUUGGAGACCUGGGAGGACCAUCUGGAGCGGCUGCGGAGGGUGCUAACAGAACUCCGCUGGGCUGGCUUGACCGCCAACCCCCGGAAGUGUCAUCUGGCCAUCGCCGAAGCUAAGUACUUGGGAUAUCAGGUGGGUCGCGGCCUUAUUAAACCUCAAGAGAAGAAGGUGGCAGCUAUCCUCUCCAUGCCGCGGCCCACCUCCAAGACACAGGCCAUGGUGGAGAGGGAAGCAUUGGCCAUCAAGUGGGCAGUCCUGGAGCUCAGGUAUUACCUCCUCGGCCGCCACUUCACCAUGGUAAUGGACCAUGCUCCCCUGCAGUGGAUGGCCCAAACACCGAAACCCAAAGUGAGCAUUAAACCUGCUCAACGUGUAUUCAGAGGAGAUACAGUCACUCUCAGAUGUGAUAUUGAUGGUGAAGGAGUCACUAGCUGGCUGUACAGCUGGUAUAAAGACGGAGCAUUCUACAGCUCCAGUGAACUACAGGAACACAAAUUCAGUCCUGUUACUGAGUCUGAUGCAGCUAAAUACUCCUGUUAUGGAGCAGAGAGAGGAGGAUCACGCUCCUCAUUAAUGAGUGAUGGAGUUACACUGACAGUAUCAGAUGUUUCUCCUCGAGUCUCUCUGAUCAUCAGUCCCAGCAGAACUCAACACUUCACAUCUGUCUCUCUCUCUCUGAGCUGUGAGGACCAGAGUAACUCUGAUAGAUGGAGAGUGAGAAGAUACACAGAGAGUGAACAGCUGGAAGAUUGUUCAUCAUCAGUGUGGGGAUCACAAACAGGAUCUACAUGUACAAUCAACUCCACCAACACAUCAGACACUGGAGUGUACUGGUGUCAGGCUGAAUCUGGAGAGAACUACCAUCCUGUUAAUAUCACUGUACACUCUGGUGUGAUUCUGGAGAGUCCUGUUCAUCCUGUGACUGAAGGAGAUACUCUGACUCUACGCUGUUUAUAUCAACAUUCAACUCCACCAAACCUCAGAGCUGAUUUCUAUAAAGAUGGAUCACUCAUCCAGAAUCAAACUACAGAGAUGAUCAUCUCUACUGUCUCAAAGUCACAUGAGGGUUUCUACUACUGCAAACACUCAGAGAGAGGAGAGUCACCCAAGAGCUGGAUCUCAGUCAGAGUGUUUCAUUCAGAAUCUCAGAUCUCGGUCCUCCACACAGUCAGUUCUGUUCUGGUAGUUUGUUCAUAUCUGCUAGUGACAGUCGUGCUGAUUUUCAAAUGCUGCAGAAUGAGAGGUGAAACAUCUGACUGA